GGCUUGGCCGCCCGCCAUCUUGGCCCCUGUGUGUGAGCGGCCGAGGCGGCGGCGCCGGGAGAGGCAGCGGCCCCGCCGGCACCGGGACCCUCGGGCAGCCGAGCGCCGCCUUGCGCGCCCGGCAGAUUUUGAGGAGUGAACGGGAAGUACCGGACUCGAUGAGUUUCCAGCGAAAUGUCGGAAAAGUCAGGCCAGAGUACAAAAGCAAAGGAUGGAAAAACAAAGUAUGCAACACUCAGUCUGUUUAAUACUUACAAGGGAAAGUCACUGGAAACUCAGAAAACCACAGUUGCCGCACGCCAUGGAUUGCAGAGUCUUGGAAAAGUUGCUAUUUCCAGGAGGAUGCCUCCCCCAGCUAAUCUGCCCAGCCUCAAAGCAGAGAACAAAGGCAACGACCCCAAUGUGAACAUUGUGCCUAAAGAUGGCACAGGAUGGGCUUCAAAACAAGAACAGCACGAAGAAGAGAAACAGCCAGACGUGCCGCAGACACAGCCAAAACCUGCUGUUCCUGCUCCUCCAGAAGCAGCUCCUGUUGCCAAAUCCUGGGCCAACACCAAACCUGGGGGACAAGACGGUCCACCUAUUCCAAUCAAUAGUUAUUUCCAGCAAGAAUUCCCCAGUCUGCCGGCAGCUGGGGACCAGGAAAAGUCAGGCAAAGAUAAGGAUGCACCUGAAGAUGGAUCAGGAGCCAACCUACGACCACAGAAUCAAGAAGCAAAGGCUCUGGGACAAGAAGAUGGCAGUGCUACACCAGCAGAACAAAAUGAUGGCCAGAAGGCAGGAGACAAGAGGGAUGUACGGUUGCCACAGGUCCCUCAGCCCAAGCUGAAUGGCCAGCAGCAGCCAUCCAUCUCAUCCCAGUACAGAGCAAUGAUGCCUCCUUAUAUGUUUAAUCAAUAUCCCAGAAUGGCAUAUCCUCCCUCCAUGCAAGGUCCAACAAGAUUUCCUAAUUCUGAGCCAAGCAGAGGCCCAAGGGGAAGAGGCCCACCCUCAUGGUGCUCAGAACCUAUUGAACGUCCAUCCAUUCUUAGUGCUAGUGAACUCAAAGAGCUUGAUAAAUUUGAUAAUCUGGAUGCUGAGGCUGAUGAAGGCUGGGCAGGUGCUCAGAGUGAAGUGGAUUACACUGAGCAGUUGAAUUUCAGUGAUGAUGAUGAGCAAGGAAGCAGUCAGAAAGAGAAGGAAAGUGGUGAUGAACAAACACCAUCAAAAGAUUCCCAGAGUCCUGAUGGCCAGAAGGAAACAGAAGAACAGACAAAUGCCAAGUCUGCCACCCAGGUUUCCACAGCAGCAGCCAAAGGGUCUUACAGCAAAAGCUCUCAGCUUGAUCAGGAUAGAGGUCCACCACAGCCUUCUGUGCAUGAAAGAGGUGGCCCUGCUCUUCCUCCAAAAUCUAUUCUACCACCGCAUCCUCCUCCCCCUGAUCGCCAGAUGGGAAGGCAGGGACCCUUUCCCCCUAAACCAGUACCAGAUGAAGAUGAAAUUUGGAAGCAGAGGAGAAGGCAGCAGUCAGAGAUAUCAGCUGCAGUGGAGAGAGCCCGUAAGCGGCGAGAAGAGGAAGAGAGGAGAAUGGAAGAGCAGCGAAAAGCAGCUUGUGCUGAAAAACUCAAACGGUUAAAUGAGAAAUUCGGCUGCAUGACAAAACCCUCCCGGGAAGACCCUCUGAAAGAGAGAGAGAGGGAGAGGGAAAGGGAAAGAGAGAGGGAGAGGGAGAGAGAACGGGAGCGGGAGAGGGAAAAGGAGAGGGAGCGGGAGAGGGAACGAGAAAAAGAGAGGGAGAAGGAAAAGGAAAAAGAGAGGGAAAGGGAGAAGGAAAAGGAAAAAGAAGAAAAACUGGAGAAGGUGAAAGAACAAGAAGAAGAGAAAGAGAAAGAAAAAGAGGUGGAGAAAGAAGAGAAGGAGAAUGAGAAAGAGAAAGAAGAGGAGAAACCAGCACAUGAGGUUCCUGAGCCUGUAGAACCUGUGGCAACACCUGUAGUAGAAAAACAAGAAAGUGAAACCAAGAAUAACAAGGAAGAAAAAGAAGAUCAAGCAGUCUUUACUCGACAAGACAGUGGUCGGAAUGAGAAAGAGGUUUCACAGGUGACUCACGAGAGUGAGCCGGACUCAGGAUCUCAACCUCGUCCUGCUGUUUCCUCAGGCUAUUCUAAGCAGUUCCAGAAGUCAUUACCACCAAGAUUUCAGAGGCAGCAGGAGCAAAUGAAGCAGCAGCAGUGGCAGCAACAGCAGCAAGGUGUCCUUCCACAGUCUGCUCCCUCCCAGCCUUCGAGUGGCCCUGUCCCACCACCCCAGCACAGACCCCUUUACCAGCCCAUGCAGCCCCAUCCCCAGCAUUUGGCUUCCAUGGGCUUUGACCCCCGCUGGCUCAUGAUGCAAUCCUACAUGGACCCACGGAUGAUGUCAGGAAGACCUGCCAUGGAUAUGCCUCCUAUUCAUCCAGGAAUUAUGCCUCCCAAACCUCUGAUGAGAAGAGAGCAGCUGGAGGGCUCAGCAGCUGGUUCAGAUUCGUUUGAGCACAUGGCUCGCUCUGCAAGGGAGCACAGCGUGCCUCUGUCCGAGCCACGCAUGAUGUGGGGCUCAGACCCCUACCCCCACGCAGAAUCUCAGCAGUCCAGUUCUCCUCCCAAGGUGUUAGAAGAGCCUGAUGAUUUGAGGUCUGAGGCACACUUGGAGCAAGAGCGAGUUGCUGUCCCUGCCAGUGCUUAUCCUGUAGAACACAACCAGUUGGACUCUCAUCCAAAGACAGAAUUUUUCAGAGAAUCAGGAGAGGUGGAGGUACAGAAGUUCCCAAGCAGGCCUUUGGAAGAUGUACAACCUCUCCAGGCUGACACACCUAACACAGCAGUUAAUUUUGAAGGAGUGAGUGAGAAAGUUACACGUAGUUCUCCAGAAGAAUUGGUGUCUGUGGGAGAAAGUCACUCUUCAUUAAAGAGAAGCAUUUCCCAUGGUUCAAGUCACUCUCUAAAAUCAGAAGACCAGAGGAACGAAACAGCAGCAAAUAUCCCUAAAUUAAGUAACAGACCUAUUGAGACAAAGGAGACAAUUGAGAGACUUGAGAUUAAACCGAAAAAAGAAAUUUUGAUCACCAGUAGAACAUCAGAAGGACCAAAACCUGAGAAAACUUUCAAACCUAAGUCUGAAACAAGAUGGGGUCCUAGGCCAGGUUACGGCAGGCGAGACGAAGGUGGCGACAGACCAGUGAGAAGAUCGGGUCCUAUUAAGAAACCUGUGCUUAGGGACAUGAAGGAAGAGCGUGAACAGAGAGAAGAGCGUGAGCAGAGAAAGGAGAAGGAAGGAGAAAAGCCAGCUAGUGAAAAACCAGGCAAGCCUGAAAAAAGUGACAAAAAGGAAGCACCUCAGGUGCCACUGUCUCAGGCUGAGCCCGAGAGAUCCGCCUCCAGCAGCGCUCCUUUGGCUAAGAAGAUAACCCAGGAUGCUGCCCCAGCACCAGCAAGCCAGGAGAGCAGUCAGCCCGAGGCAGCAGCUAAAGCUGUGGUGCAGCCCCCUGGGCCUUCAGGGCAGCAGCAGCUCCCAGCUGCCCAGCCAGCCUCUGCCCAGCUGCCCCCGGCCAUCCCGCAGCCCCCGGCCGCCCCGCCGGCCGCUCAGCCCCCGCCCCACCCGCAGCCCCCGGCUCCCCCCAGCAAGGAGGACAAGCAGGCUGAGAAGGUGGUGAGCAAGGAGGUGGUAGAGAAACCACGCCUAGAAACCAGGCCAGUCAAAAGAGAGCCUGGCUUACCACCUAGGACAUACUGGAAGGAGGCCAGGGAUAGGGACUGGUUCCCAGAGCAGGGAUACAGAGGCAGAGGUCGUGGCGAGUAUUACUCCAGGGGCCGUAGCUACAGGGGUUCAUACGGGGGACGUGGUCGGGGCAGUAGAGGCCAUAAUAGAGAGUACCCACACUACAGAGAUCCUAAGCCUAGAUCAGAGCAUGUGCCUUCAGGGCCUGUUAGGCAAAGAGAAGAGAGUGAAACUCGUAGCGAGAGUUCUGACUUUGAAGUAAUCCCGAAACGGCGGCGCCAGCAUGGCUCGGAGACAGAUUCUGACAGCGAAGUGCACGAGAGUGCAAGUGACACCCUGCUCUCAGACAAAGACAGCAUCAUCAAGGGCAAGCACCCCAAAAGAGAAGAAAGAGCCGAUGGCAAGAAGCCUCCAAAGCCCCUGUCGUUCAAACCCGAGAACAAUAUCAGAGUAGACAACAGAUCCCUAGAAAAAACGUACAUCAGAGAUUAUGAGAACAAGCCCAAACCAGGAUUUCUUCCUAAAGGAGAACCUUCUAGACGAGGCAGAGGGGGAAUGUAUAGACGUGGUGGCAGGGAUCCAGGGGGACGUCCUCCACGUCCAUCCACAAUCAGGAGACCAGCCUACAGGGACAAUCAGUGGAACCCCAGGCAAACAGAGAUCAUUAAAGCAGAAGACGGGGAGCCUCCGAGAAGAAACGAGCAUUAUGGCCCUAUACCAAUUGAUAAAAGACCUCCAAAAUUUGAGAGGAAGUUUGAUCCAAACAGAGAGAGGCCACGGAGGCAGAGGCCUGCCCGGCCCCCAAGGCAGGAUAAGCCACCACGCUUCAGGCGCCUGAAAGAGAGAGAGGCCGCAUCCAAGAUCAGCGAGGUGGUGACCAGCUCCACAACGAGUGCCACAGUUAAUAAUGCAGUUAAUGAGCCCUCCAACCCUGCUCUGGAUGUGUCAGGAAGUAAGACACCAGACUUGUCCAACCAGAACUCUUCAGACCAGGCGAAUGAAGAGUGGGAAACGGCCUCAGAAAGCAGCGACUUCAAUGAGAGGCGGGAAAGGGAUGAGAAGAAAACAGCAGAUGCUGCAGCACAGGUUGCUGCAAAGGCAGGAGAAAAUGCUGGAGCUCCAAAGAGGGAAAUAGCCAAGAGAAGCUUCUCUAGUCAGAGGCCUGGAAUAGACCGUCAGAACCGACGGGGCAACAACGGGCCAGCUAAGCCAGGGAGGAAUUUCUCAGGGCCCCGGAGUGAAAGGCGGAGUGGUCCCCCUCCCAGAAGUGGAAAAAGAGGGCCAUUUGAAGAGCAGGCAGCACCUGUGCCUGGUGUUGAUCCUGCCAAUGGCAGCUCUUUACAUCAGGAGGAUGGAGGUGUCACUGCUGCAGGACAGAAAACCACCAAGGAUGCAAGUGGCAAAAAGAGAGAAGAACCAAAGGCUGGCCCAAAGAAGCCUAAGGAAAAAGUGGAUGCCUUGUCUCAAUUUGAUCUUAAUAAUUAUGCAAGUGUUGUGAUCAUUGAUGAUCACCCUGAAGUGACAGUAGUUGAAGACUCCCAAUCUAACUUGAAUGAUGAUGGUUUCACAGAAGUGGUGUCUAAGAAGCAGCAAAAACGCUUGCAAGAUGAGGAGCGCAGAAAGAAGGAAGAACAAACAGUGCAGGUUUGGACCAAAAAAGGAUCAAGCGAAAAAGGCCGAGGUCAGAAUUCUAAGCUGCCCCCCAGAUUUGCCAAAAAGCAGCAGCAGGCAGCAGCUGCAGCUGCCCAGCAGGCUCAGGCUCAGGCUCAAGCUCAGGCUCAGCCUCCCUGCCCAGCCCAGUCUCCAGCCCAGCCCCAGGCUCCUGUUCCUGCACAAAGCCAGGCUGCAGGAGGGACAGCCAGCACAGACUACACCGUGUCAGGCAAAGUCCUGCAGAACCCCCAGCCCCACAACGGUCUGGGAGCUGAAUUAUGGGACAACAAAGUGCCUCCUACAGCAGUUCUGAAUGACAUCUCCAAAAAAUUGGGACCCAUUAGCCCACCUCAGCCACCUUCAGUCAGUGCCUGGAACAAGCCUCUGACAUCUUUUGGUUCUGCUCCAUCUCCAGAGGGGACAAAGCCUGGACAAGAAGGUGGAGUCGAUCUUGGUAUAGAAACCAUUCAGUUUGGAGCCCCAGCUUCCAGUGGCAGUGACAAUGAAGUUGGUCCUGUGCUUUCUGAGAAAUCCACUGACAAAUUACCAGAACCCAAAGAGCAGAGACAAAAACAACCUCGGGCUGGACCCAUCAAAGCACAAAAGCUUCCAGACUUGAGCCCAGUAGAAAACAAAGAGUAUAAACCUGGUCCUAUUGGGAAAGAGCGUUCUUUAAAGAACAGGAAGGUGAAGGAUGCCCAGCAGGGAGAGCCUGAGGGACAGGAGAAGCCAUCUCCCACCUCUGUCAGAAGCCCAGAACCUGUCACUACAAAGGAGACCAAAGCAGCGAGCGAACUGAGCACGGAGAUAGGAACCAUGAUAUCUGUGUCUGCUCCAGAGUUUGGGACAAACACAAAGGAGUCUGUAACAGACUACACUACACCUUCUUCUCAUCCUAACACAGUGGCUACUAGCAGUACAAAAAUGGAGGAGACUUUGGUGACGAACGUGCCCCUGCCCCACACCCUUCCCCUCCCUAGGAGGGAGACUUUACAGCAGAGCUCCAGCCUAACUCCAGUUUCUCCCGCUACCGUCGACCUCACCCUCAAGAUGGAGUCUGCACGCAAAGCAUGGGAGAAUUCCCCAAACAUGGGGGAGAAGAGUUCACCGGUGACCUCAGCAGCGUCUCCCAUUGCUGGUGGCAGCAGCAGCAGCAGCAACACUGGGCCAAGCAGUGGCACUUACAGCUCUUUCUCAAGUGCAUCCAUGCCUCCUAUUCCUGUGGCCUCAGUUACCCCCACAACAUCCCUCUCAGGAGCUGGAACAUACACAACCUCUUCGCUGAGUACAAAGACUGCAAGCACCUCAGACCCUCCUAAUAUCUGCAAAGUGAAACCCCAGCAGCUGCAGACAAGCAGCCUGGCUUCUGCCAGCCACUUCUCCCAGCUGAGCUGCAUGCCAUCCCUCAUUGCCCAGCAGCAGCAAAGUCCCCAGGUCUAUGUGUCCCAGUCUGCAGCAGGUACUACAGCUCAAAUCCCAGCAUUUUAUAUGGACACAAGUCACCUCUUCAAUACCCAGCAUGCACGUUUGGCACCACCUUCUCUGGCCCAACAGCAAGGCUUUCAGCCAGGGCUUUCUCAGCCUGCUUCAGUUCAGCAGAUCCCCAUCCCCAUCUAUGCACCUCUGCAAGGACAGCAUCAAGCUCAGCUGAGUUUAGGAGCAGCACCAGCUGUUUCACAAGCCCAAGAGUUGUUUAAUUCCUCCUUACAACCUUACAGAUCCCAGCAGGCUUUUAUGCAGAGUGGUUUGUCUCAGCCAUCACCAGUGGUUCUGUCUGGCACAGCCUUACACAACUUCCCAGCAGUGCAACACCAGGAGCUGGCUAAGGCACAGUCCAGCCUGGCAUUCCAGCAGACUUCCAACACCCAGCCUAUCCCUAUCCUGUACGAGCAUCAGCUGGGGCAGGCUUCAGGGCUGGGAGGAUCUCAGCUGAUUGACACACACAUCCUGCAGGCCAGAGCUACACUCACUCAGGCUUCAAAUCUCUACUCUGGGCAAGUUCAGCAGCCUGGCCAGAGCAAUUUCUACAACACUGCACAGUCUCCCAGUGCUCUCCAGCAGGUAAACUAUGGCAUGGUGACAGUACCUUUGCCAGGAUCACAGAUUUCCCUGCCCAACUUUGGAUCCACAGCACAGCCACUGAUUGCCCUGCCCCAAUCCCUACAGCCACCACUACAGCACACCCCACCACAAGCCCAGGCUCAAAACCUGAGCAGACCUGCCCAAGUGACCCAGCCUUUCAGAGGAUUGAUCCCAGCAGGAACUCAGCACAGCAUGAUUGCUGCAACUGGAAAGAUGGAAUCCCAGCUUUACAGGCACCGGGGAUUUUCGGAUAGUGUGCAGCACUCGGGAGUUGCAGUCCGCUUCCAGAUAUCAGAAAUGGACCUGAAGGCCUUUGGAGGUGGCAUUGAUGUUAAACCUGGAACCCCACCAGUUACUGGCAGGAGUACUACCCCAACCUCCAGUCCCUUCCGGGCCAGUUCUACCAGUCCUAACAAUCAGUCCAAUAAAAUGAACAGCAUUGUCUACCAGAAGCAGUUCCAGUCAGCAGCUGCAGCUGUGAGAAUGACACAGCCCUUUCCUGCACAGUUUGCACCACAGAUCCUCUCUCAGCCUAACCUGCUCCCUCCAUUGGUAAGAGCCCCAUUUACUAACACCUUCCCAGCGCCUGUUCAGAGGCUGCCGGUAGUUCUGCAUAGUCAGAUGCCGUCUCAGAUGAGCACAGGCCUUAUGAGCCACCCUCAGUUACCACGUGUGGCCAGAGGUCUUUGUGGAUCAGUACCUGGAGCCAGAGGCACUCAGGCCCAGGCUGCGCUGAAGGCUGAACGAGACGUGAAGGUCAGUAUGUGAACAGCAGUGCUGUUAGCACAGUUCAGGCUGACAGCUCCCAGGGCAGGGAUGUGUCUGCAAGUCAGAAAGUGCCUCUGGACCCCAAGCCAGCAGCCAGGCUCUUAACAGCUGAACACAGAGCUUCUCUAAGCCCUGGUGCUUUUUCAUAAGAAUUUUAGACUAAAAUACUUACAGGGAGCUUCCUGUCUCAAGUGGUCUUGUGGUCAGCAGCUGUGGAGCUGCCACUGCUGUCCAAGGCAGUGUGAGGUGUCAGGAGCCUGGUUAUCUUUGAGCAGUGAAGCUGCACACCUGGCUGUUAGCUGUCCUGUCACCCCAGCUCCUCCUGUUCCAGCCAGCCUCAUUCCUGGGGCCUCUGGAGAGUCCUUUCCCCGUGGUUUGAAGUGCCUGUGGUGAAUUCUCUGUGCUAGAAUGGUGCACUCCCCAGGGGAGGGGGCUGCAUUUCAGUAGCAGGUGAUGACAGUCACCCUAACUUGUUACAGCACUUUGGGACCCUUCAGUUGGAGGUAAACUUUUCUUCCAAGGCUAGACUGCAGUGCAGGGACACUGCUGGACACUGAGCCUGUUUGCUGCAGAAGAGAAGCUGCUUGAGUAGAUGGUGCUGAGGGGCUCCUUCAUGUGCUGCCAUUCCUGGGACGUGUGCACUGAGGUGUCAGAGCAGGAGGGUGUUGUUGUGGCUCUGCAUGACUGGGGGAGGACUGAUUUCAGUUCCACGUGGUUGGUCCAUUUCCUACCACCAGUUUAUGCAGCCUGUAGAUGCUUUACCAGGUGGUGCUUAACACACUGUGCUGAGUGUGCUCUGUGGAUUGAAUGUAGCCUGUCAGAGCAAAUGCUGACACAGUUCUGGUGAUUUAAUCUCCUGCAAACACCGCUCAGAGCAGUGAGAGUUACUCUGUCAUGCUUGGUUACUGGUGAUCAAGUCAUCCAGCAUUAACCCCAGGGGAUGGCUGAAAUUUGGACAAAAGGUUUCAGGUGUCCAUCUGGCUCCAGUAAACCCAGGCUGUUGCUGCAGUCCUGCACACCAGAGUUCACAGGUUUGUUUUCUGUUCUGUUGCUGCUUGAGUUACUUGGAGCAACUCCACAUUGUGAGAGCCAAGGCCUCUUGUUCCAGACUUCUGCUGUUUUGUCUCCCCAUUGUUGUGCAUGUGUGUCCCAGCCCUGUUUUUUGUAAAAAAACCAGAAAAUACUCAGAGAGGUACAUGGAGGCUUAAUGCCUGUGUUGUAGUUUGGGUUCCUUGUGUUAAGAGACUCCUUUUUUAUUUAAAAUAAAAAGGUGCUUGACUGCACUGGACUUCAUUGUUCAGUUUCUGAAUGCUGGAACUCUGCAUGGAGUGUGUGCAGUCUGGCAGGAAAGCCGAGUGCUUGCUCUGCAGUGUCUGAUCUGCACAGUGUCAAAACUGGAACUGGAAUGUGUCAGAGGAGUUCCACAGGUGCAGGUCAGGAUUGAGAGGAGGGAAGGCAGGCAGUGUGUGCUGCCUGGGGUGGGAGCCCGCUGGGAUGAGGCUCAGUUGUGUCCUGGAUCAUUCACAUCCCCACUGCAGGCUCGGGCUGUGCCUGCAGCCACGGGAGGACGUGGGGUGCUCACACUGCUGCUGAGAGAGGCCCUGGGGGCCCAGGCACGGCCUCUGCUCACCUCUGACCUGUGCUAGGGGAAGCUGCAGCCUGAGCUGCUGCCAGCAGUGGUUGUACUUGCACAGCUCCGCAAGGGCAGAGGAGUACAAAGAGGUGAGGAGAUACUUCAGACUGGUGUCCCUGAUCCUCUUUUUUGGGAAAGGAUUAGGAAGAGCAAGGGAGGCCUGGGCAUGAUGUUGAACUACUGCUGAGGAGCCAAGCACCCAGAUGUGGUGACAUGAGGGAAGCAGCAGGAUGGACACUGCCUUUCUAGGAAGGUCUGGCCACUGCGGUCAGUCCUUCCCCUUUCAUACGGGAAAUACUUGUGAAGUCGCUCCAAUUCCAAUGCCCUCUCUUCAGUAAACUUAUUUUCUCCCUCU